GUGUAAACACCCACAUAGCUUUCGCGCUUCACUCACUUUCCCCUUUUCCUUUCUCUCUUUAAAAAGAAAAAGAGCCAAUCUCUCCCUUGCACACUUUCUCUUUAGCAAACAAUUCCUGUUUUGCUUCUUCACACAAAUUCCAUCUUCUUCUUCUUCACUAAUAGUUUAGCAAUGGCAGCACAAGACAGACCAGAAGAUCCCACUCAACUCCUUAACUACAAGACGUGGGUAUUGAAAGUUUCCAUUCACUGCGAAGGUUGCAAAAGGAAAGUCAAGAAAAUUCUCCAACAAGUCCAUGGAGUGUAUGCUAUAGAUAUUGAUCUCAAGCAACAAAAAGCAACAGUAACUGGCAACGUAGAAGCAGAAGCUCUCCUUAGGAAACUACACAAGUCCGGUAAACACGCCGAAUUAGUACCACAACAGUCUGAUCACAAGGAGAAAAAGUCUGCUAAAAUCAAAAACAAAGAGAAGCAAAUUAACCCACAAAGCAAAGAAGCAGAAUCAACUAGCCAACCCGACAUCAGUACCCACAAAAAUGUCGAAUCAAAUGAAAAAAUUGCAAUACCCAUAGAACCUUCUGUAAAAAUUCAAGAUGCCAGUGAUGUAGUACCCAAAAGGAGUGAAAAAUCCAGCACCGGUUCAGCUAAACCGGAGGAAGAAACCGGCACCGCCUCUGGUGAUGAACCGGCGGUGGCUGAAAAAGAUAAGAGCGAUGAAACAGUAAAGGAGUCGAAAUCUGAAGGGAAAAAACCAGAAACCGACUCUGUCGGUAAACAACAAAUUCCGGUGGCGGCGGAGAAAAAAGGUACUGAUAGUGAUAAAGCUUCUGCUAGUGGCGAAAAAAGCGGUUGCCCAGUUGGUGAAGCGAGUGGCAGUACUGGUAAAAAGAAGAAAAAGAAAGGGCAAAACAGUAACAACGCAGAGGGCACACCAUCAAUAGUUGCUCCGGCAGGUCCAGAAUUCGAAAAUCAUAAUAUGGGACCACAAGUCUAUGCUCCAACCAAUGAUAGCCUUCCACGUCACCCAGCUUAUAAUUAUUAUCCGCAACAGGGCCCACAAUUCUACGCCCCACCACCAGCAUACGUCGUUAGCUACAAUACAGCGCAACCUACGGCCAACUAUACGGCGUCGUAUUAUGCUCCGGCACCUCCAACUUCGUAUGCGUAUACGUAUUCCGGUCCUGUAACGGUACCUCCACCGUCUGAUGUGGAUACGUAUCCACGCCAACCGUUGGAUUCGUUUGAAAUGUUUAGUGAUGAAAAUCCGAACGGAUGCUUUAUUAUGUAAUGCAAUUACCAAAUCCUACGUAUUAUACGUAGGAUUUUUGGUGUAUACGGGCUUAUACUACUUGUAUAAGCACAAGUAUUAUGUAGAUAUAAGUAUAAAAAUGGAGAAAUUAGGGUAUAAUUUAGAAAAUGCCAGGUGUUAGUGUUGGGGGCUUUAAUCUUUUAGUGGGUCGUUGCUUCUUUGUUGAAUGUUUGUAGCUUUAUUAAGUAGACAUUUUCGUUUUUUAGUCUGAAAGUUGCUUAGCCUUGUAAUGCUUAGUUGUAUUUUGGCCUUUUUGCCUCAUUCAUCUCCUUUUUCCUCUCUA